CUUCAGUCCCGCCGCAUGUCCCCGACCAGAGGUGGCCUCCUAGAAGGGGAGGUCCCCAAACUGGAGGCCCUGCGUGUAGGGGAGGGGAGCGCCCGCCCCUUCCCCGCCGCUGCGAGCGCCCCGGGAGGGGACUCGGGCUGCCGUCCCUCCGCCUCUUCCCCCGCGGGGCGAAGCGAUGGCUCGGGCCGGGGCCGGGGCGCUGCUGGCGCUUUGGGUGCUCGGGGCUGCCGCGCAUCCGCAGUGCCUGGACUUCAGGCCGCCCUUCCGGCCGCCGCAGCUGCUGCGCCUCUGCGCGCAGUACUCGGACUUCGGCUGCUGCGAUGAAGGGCGCGACGCCGAACUGACCCGCCGCUUCUGGGACCUGGCGAGCCGCGUGGACGCCGCCGAGUGGGCCGCGUGCGCCGGCUACGCGAGGGACCUGCUGUGCCAGGAGUGCUCUCCGUAUGCAGCCCACCUCUAUGACGCUGAGGACCCGUUCACACCCCUGCGCACGGUGCCCGGGCUCUGCCAGGACUACUGCCUGGACAUGUGGCAUAAGUGCCGGGGGCUGUUCCGUCACCUCUCAACUGAUCGGGAGCUUCAGGCGCUGGAGGGCAACCGUGCCAGGUUCUGCCGCUACCUGUCCCUGGAUGACACGGACUACUGCUUCCCUUACCUGCUGGUCAACAAGAACCUCAACUCAAACCUAGGCCAUGUGGUGGCCGAUGCCAAGGGCUGCCUGCAGCUGUGCCUGGAGGAGGUGGCCAAUGGGCUGCGCAACCCCGUGGCCAUGGUCCAUGCCAGGGAUGGCACCCACCGCUUCUUCGUGGCUGAGCAGGUGGGGCUGGUGUGGGCCUACCUGCCCGACCGCUCGAGGCUGGAGAAGCCUUUCCUGAACAUCAGCCGGGCGGUGCUCACCUCGCCCUGGCAGGGUGACGAACGUGGCUUCCUGGGCAUUGCCUUCCACCCCAGCUUCCGGCACAACCACAGGCUCUACGUCUACUACUCAGUGGGUAUCCGCACCAGUGAGUGGAUCCGCAUCAGCGAGUUCAGGGUCUCUGAGGAUGAUGAGAACGCCGUGGACCACAGCUCUGAGAGGAUACUCCUGGAGGUCAAAGAACCAGCUUCAAACCACAAUGGGGGUCAGCUGCUGUUCGGGGAUGACGGUUACCUCUACAUCUUCACCGGAGAUGGCGGGAUGGCCGGAGACCCCUUUGGGACAUUCGGAAAUGCCCAAAACAAGUCGGCGCUGCUGGGCAAGGUGCUGCGCAUCGACGUGGACCGUAAGGAGCGCGGCCUGCCCUAUGGCAUCCCGCCCAACAACCCGUUCGUGGGCGACCCCACCGCGCAGCCCGAGGUCUAUGCCCUGGGCGUGCGCAACAUGUGGCGCUGCUCCUUCGACCGCGGCGACCCCGCGUCGGGCGCGGGUCGCGGGCGCCUCUUCUGCGGCGACGUGGGCCAGAACAAGUUUGAGGAGGUGGACCUGGUGGAGCGCGGCGGCAACUACGGCUGGCGCGCGCGCGAGGGGUUCGAGUGCUACGACCGCAGCCUGUGCGCCAACUCCUCCCUCAAUGACGUGCUGCCGAUUUUCGCCUACCCUCACACGAUUGGCAAGUCGGUCACAGGGGGCUACGUGUACCGGGGCUGCGAGUACCCCAAUCUGAACGGCCUCUACAUUUUUGGGGAUUUCAUGACCGGGCGUCUGAUGUCCCUCCAAGAGAACCCAGGGACAGGCCAGUGGCACUACAGUGAGAUCUGCAUGGGCCAUGGCCAGACCUGUGAGUUCCCAGGCCUCAUCAACAACUACUACCCGUACAUCAUCUCAUUUGGGGAGGAUGAGGCCGGGGAGCUGUACUUCAUGUCGACAGGGGAGCCGAGUGCCACAGCUCCACGCGGGGUUGUCUACAAAAUAAUUGACCCGUCCAGGCGGGCACCACCUGGCAAGUGUCAGAUCCAGCCUGCUCAGGUGAAGAUCAGAAGCCGCCUCAUCCCCUUUAUGCCCAAAGAAAAGUUCAUCCCGAAGACACGGAGCACUGCGCGGCCUACAGCGCGGGCGCCCACCCGGGCGCCCCGCCGCAGGCGCCCCACGGUCGCUCCGCCCCCGCCCACCCCGCAGCCAGCGCGGCCCACCCAGCAGUCAGGGAGCCGGAGGGGCGGCGGGCGCCGGCGGGGGCGGCUGAACUCGGCGAACCGGGCGUUCCGGGAUGGUGAGGUGCGCCUGGUACGGCCCGCGGGCCUGAGCUCUGGCAGCGGGCGCGUGGAGGUGUUCGUGGGCGGACGCUGGGGCACCGUGUGCGACGACUCCUGGAACAUCAACGGCGCCGCCGUCGUGUGUCGCCAGCUGGGGUUUGCCUACGCCGUGCGCGCCGUCAAGAGCGCCGAGUUCGGCCAGGGCGGCUCGCUGCCCAUUCUGCUGGACAAUGUGCGUUGCGCGGGCUGGGAGCGCAACCUGCUGGAGUGCCAGCACAACGGCGUGGGCACCCAUAACUGCGAGCACGACGAGGAUGCGGGCGUCGUGUGCAGCCACCAGAACCCCGACCUGUAGGCAACACGCCGCUGCCCCCAGGCCAUCCCGCCGGCGGGGAAGCCUGGCAGGGGCCGCUCCGCCCUGUGUGCGCCCGGCAGGUGCACACGCUUUCUAGGGUGAAGGGGGUGCGGGUGUGUGCUGUCCUGGGGACCUGUGUGAGGCGCUGCAGUGCAUGUGUAUCCUCCGCAGACCCAAGGCAGGAGUGUGUGUUGGCGGGGGUGUGGGCGGGGGUCAUGGUCCAUCAUGGGCGGGAGGAGUUCCUUUCUUACCUCCAAGCAUUCCAGACACCAGCAGGAACACAGCCCGGCUGUAGGACCCUGAGGAGGAAGGGCAGCCAGGCUUCGAGGACGGACAUGGCCCCUGGCUUUGCUAACAGAGGCACAGCUGGCAGACUGAGGGCGGUGGGGGAAACCAGGCUUGUCCUGCCCACAGCUGGAAUGGAAGGUGCCAGAACAUCCGGAGGGUGGCCUGAGGAAUGUGGCCCAGAGCGCAUGGCCUGGUGCCCGCCCCCUUCCCCUUGACCCCCGCAGUCAGAGGCACUGGAGAGAAUCGGAAGGCAUCCAGUGGGGAAAGCCUUCCGGAGGCUGGGAGCAGGGUGAGCUGCAGGCCUGGGGCCCCACUGGAGGGGCAGGCUGCGUGGAGGAGCCAGCACCCGCUCAGGAAGGAUGGCUGGGAGGACUGGAUGACCUCCGAGGCCGUGUGCUGGAGAAGCCGCUCAACAGCAUACCCAGCCCUUGUGGGUGCUCCUGGGAUGGCGCCAGCCUCCUCCAACCCUGACGUCUGAUUCUCUCUUGCUCUCGGGGCAGGAGCCACCCACACUAGCUGGGCAGAGCUUUCACCCUGACCCUCCAGUGAGUGGGUGGGCCUCCACUACUUUCAAAGCUGUGUUUGGGCUCUGGGGCCACCUCUGUCCUUUCCAUCCCCGUCCCUGCUCAGUGUAAACCCAGGAGACCUGAUUCCUCCAGCCGUACCUUGGGGCUGAUCAGGCUGGGGGUUCAGUGAGACUACGGACAUCUGUUCACCCAGGGCUAUGCCAACAAUGUGGCUGUCUACACACCA